AUGCCGAAACUGCCUAAUCUCCUUACUAUACCUGGUGGUCAAAAGAUCCGUGCCCGAGAAGACACGGAAAGUGAUGAUGAACCUGACAAUAAGGGAGGAAAGAUGACGGAGGAAGAAGAAGAAGAGUGGAAGGAAAAGAUCUACUGGGAUCACAAAAUGAUACGAUGGUACAAACGCAAGUUCCAAGCCCAUGUCGUACUUCACGCACGCCUCGAUACUCAGAUCGGCCUAGAAAUAGGGCUGCCCAAAAAGUUCGACAUCUCACGUAACCAUCUAUUUGUAUACCCCGUCAACGCUCAGUGGAUAGUAGAAGAAGGAAAGGUCCAGUGCCCAGAGCACACCCACGGCUAUUAUUAUCUCGACGAUGCACCAAUACCCUGGCAAUGUAUGCAUUUCAAGGAUACCCCGGUGACGGAAGAGGACAUCUCCAACUAUACCACAUAUGACCCGGAGCGUACUCGGACACUGAUACCCAAGACCAAAUGGGACCUACAAGCCGUACACCCACGCAUCUACGACUAG